GUAUGGAGGCAGCUCUUCCGCAUUCCUCACAGACAAGAGGAGUACUUAAACGGGCUGAUGCAACGACUUCAGCUAGUCCCAAAACCUACAUCCGACAACUAACACCCACACCAGCCUUUUAUUAUCACUGCGGAUUUUUUUUUUUUUUGGACGCACAACAGCGUCCAAACACAGUUGCAUCAUUGACAGGAGGCUACUGACAAGUUUUCUCUGACGGCGGUGGUGGCCGGGUCGGACAUGAUGCCGGGACAGAUACCUGACCCUUCGCUGGCGGCGGGCUCCCUGCCCAGCUUGGGCCCGCUGGCGGGCAUCUCGGCCACCACACUCACUGAUCAACUCAAGCUGGCUGACUUCCGUCAGCUGGGCACCAUGCUUUCCCCGCUGCAUUUCCUUGGGAGGCUUGGGAAGAGGCCGCUGGCCAUCAAGACAGAGAUGGAUGAAGAUGAGGAAAGAAGGAAACGGAGACGAGAGAAAAACAAGGUAGCCGCAGCGCGAUGCCGAAACAAAAAGAAGGAACGGACUGACUUCCUUCAAAGGGAAUCAGAGCGUCUGGAGAUGGUGAACUCCGAGCUGAAGGCCCAGAUCGAGGAGCUCCGCGUGGAGAGGCAGCAGCUAAUGGUGAUGCUCAAUCUCCACCGGCCCACCUGCAUCGUGAGGACCGACAGCGUCAAAACACCCGAGAGCGAGGCCAACCCUCUGCUAGAGCAGCUGUCCGCUGACUCCAAGUGAAACCAGGAAAAACCAGGGACGUGGAGUCCCUGAAGCCCAGACUAGCACCACCGUGGCGGCCAUUUAAAACGAAAACCUAACUGGCAAUACAUUUCUAAUCAAGCACUUGAGCUCCAAGCUGAAGACUUUUGGAGACUUUGCCCAAAGACCUGAGGUUGUAAGGCUUCCUUAGUACUGCUACAUGAGCUGGCUCUGUCCAUUGGAAGGCUGGAAAUACCCAGUUUCAUCUCUGCAUUAAGUGUUGUUGUUGACACCCACUGUGCCUAGUUGUUACUUCAACCAUCUCUACAUAAAAGGGACCAAUGGAAACAGUAGAGUACGACUGGAAACAACGCUGAGGAAACACACUAAUAUCAAUAUGGUGCUCUGUUACAAAAGCCCUGAGUAGAUUGUGUGGCAUUGUUUCGAAGCAGAGGCCCACAAAGGCUUUAUGUUCUGCAGUUUUCCUUUGUAUUCUAGCCGAAAUAUACAGGUGUAGAGUUUUUAGUAUCCAAUACUCAAUACAAGUACACCAAACGGAGUAGAGUUGUUGUUUUUUUAAUGUUGAUUUCUAUACCCUGCCUUGACGAUGGCAGUUACCGGUUGAUCCGAUUUGUGGUGACGCUGGCGUCAUGAAAAGCACAUAUACACAAAUGUUUACACCCAUGUUUUUUGGACUUGUCUGUCCAUUAUUGUACUUGUUUUAUACUGCUUUGUAUACAUAAACAUAUAUGAAAUGCUUGUUAAUCACUUGAUGUGAUUCAUCUUUUCAAUCUUUUCAGUCUGUGUCUGUCAUGUUGCGCUGUCAAACAGCUGUGAAAACAAGCAGAAAUCUUUUCACCCGAGCAGUAUUUCAAUGUCUGUUCUGGACCUGUAUCUGCUAUGUAUGACUCUGGUACCCCGAAUAGAUUAAAUUUUAUUUUCUAACUACAAGAAAA